GACUUAAAGUGAAAGACGCAAAACACCAAACAGGCGUAACCAGUAGGACUCUGCGGGUACUAAGUUCAGGCGUAAAAGUAAACGCUUGACUACAUCCGUGUUUUGUCGUUGUUGUUUUCUUUUUGUUUGCUUGUUUUUUUUUUUUUACUUAUUAAACGGCCAAUUGUUGCUGGCUGUUGCGGCGACGGUUCGGUGUCCCAUUUUGGAGGAAGGCAGCGGCAGGACGCGCACAUCUGUCACAAAAAAAAAAAAAAAAAAAACACGCACCAACACUAACCCAAGCUGUCCGAGCAGGGCUGCGUCGGUCACCAUGCCUGUGCGACAGAAAGAUGCUCAGAGGGCCCUGGAGCUGCUCCAACAGUACCGAGUAAAACUGAACCAGAGACAGCAAAAUCAGAGUCAGAGCAAACAGGCUUCCAUGGAGGAGGACCAGCAGCUGCAGCAAUCUUUAGACAGAGUCAUCAAUAUCUUCCAAAGUCAGCUCUUCAGUGCUCUACUUGAUAUCCAGGAGUACUAUGAGCUGACAAUCCUGCAGGACAGCCAAGGUUCUGUCGACACUCCUGAGAAACUCCCAGCUUCCUGCAGCCUUCCAACAGAGAAAUCAUCACAACAGCAAAAGUCCCCCAGCCCUUCGAUCCCCUCUGCUUCUGGAGAACAACCCCAACUCACUAAGCCAGAGUCUAUUAAAUCCCCCAUCACACCUCAACCAACUGGACAACCUACAAAAUCAAAAGUCAAGUGCCGUGCUCCCCCUCCACCCAUCCAUACUGGAAACCCCAAAUUUGUCGAAGGAGUUAUUUCCAAACCCUCUUCACCUUAUGAUGCCAAUACUUCCAGUGUUACUGCCAGCGCUGUAGAAAGUCCCAGUGACCCCACUAAAACAUCACAGAAUGGAACCAACCAACAUGUCACUGUCACAAAGUCAGAGAAUACAACAAACCCACAAAACCUUCCUGCCCCUAAAGACCUGAAUCUGGUGACUGUUUCUGCCCUUGUCUCUAGCACCAUCCAAGGUCUUGUGUCACCAACCACUCCAGACAAAGCUACUCCUACAAGCACCACUUCAACAACCAGUCCAGGAGAAGGUACAGUCGCAGGAACUGGCAAUACUGCAGCUGUUUCUAGUGGCAGAGAUCAAGGAAUAAGCAAAGACAGUUCGAGUAAAAGUCCAACGAGUCCCAACAAUGGAAAAGGCCCAUUUGAGAGCAAAAGCCCCACAAGUCCUUUGGCAAAUAUAAGCAAAGGAUCUCAUUUUAGUUCAAUAAGCCCUGGGCAGGUAAAAGGCCCCCCUGCUAGCCCUGGCUAUGGACCAGCCUCCCACAGAUUGCCUACAACUCCAUUGACCUCCACCAAGGUAGAAUCAUCCGAGGUACCAUUUGAUGAUGAGGUGUGGCCUCACCCAGAAGGUGAGAGGCUUAAUGAGGUCCCAGCACCGCCUUUCUCCUCCCUCUAUUCUCAAAGCCACUCCUACUAUCAGGCCAACCCCCCUCCAGUGGUGGUCAAUACCGACAGCGUAGACACCCCCCCAUAUGUCAAUGGAACAGAAGCAGACUAUGAGUAUGAGGAAAUCACGCUGGAAAGGGGUAACUCAGGCCUGGGCUUCAGUAUUGCUGGUGGCACAGAUAACCCCCACAUUGGAGAAGACCCUUCAAUCUUCAUAACCAAGAUAAUCCCAGGAGGAGCUGCAGCGCAGAAUGGACGACUCAGGGUGAAUGACUGUAUAGUCCGAGUGAAUGACACGGAUGUCAGGGAGGUGACACACAGCGGAGCAGUGGAGGCACUCAAGGAGGCAGGAGGACUGGUCCGAUUGUGUAUACGACGCAGGAGGAGCCUCGCUGAGAGAAUCAUGGAUAUUAAACUGGUCAAAGGACCUAAAGGUUUAGGAUUCAGCAUAGCAGGGGGUGUUGGAAACCAACACGUUCCAGGUGACAACAGCAUCUAUGUGACUAAAAUCAUUGAGGGAGGAGCUGCACACAAAGAUGGACGGUUACAAAUAGGAGAUAAACUUAUUGCUCCAUGCUACCUCUGGCGAGCACAUGGAGGUCUGUGCAGCCCUCCAAAGAAGUACCACUGA